CUGUUUUCAUUGUACCGGUCACUACGGCAAGAGACGGGUGUUUGUUGUUUUAUUGAUUUCGGUCGGGUCCUGUUUUGCGUCCUGUCGGGAAAGGAUCCUUGUGGGCGUGUUGUCGGUCGCCGGUGUCUAGCGGCUACAUUAGGAUCUAAUUUGUCCACUUCUUCCGGUUUUUGUGCGGUCGGUUCGGUUCGCUGGGAUAUUCUUUUUUGAAACGAAGAAGUACAGGUUACUGUUUUGAAGUGACGUCGCACUACAUUCCACAGUGGUUCGAUCUAAAACAAGUGUCGGUGGAAACACAACUCUCGUCUUAAUGCCACCUUCGAACCACUGUGUGCAGAGUGUAGCGCAGCACGAAAGUACCCGAGCCCGAGGUGCCGCGACAACCGUUCGAAUUUUGUAGUGUGAGAGUGUGACUGCGAUACCGAACGAACGAAGGUGAUUCAUUCGCCGUUGCGCGGAGCACUCACCGAAGCGGGUUGCGUCUGUGUGUGCGAACGAGGCGAGCUUCCACCCAGAGUUGGGUCUCUCGCGUGCAGCUCGAGCGCUUAGCUUCGGCUAGUUGGCUUAAGUCCGCGGUCCGCGCUAGUUCAACACGUUCCCCCGAGCGCGCGAAAGGAGAAUUGGCGACCUACUAACUAAACAAAAGCAGCAAAACGAACGGCCAAGAAGACACCGCGAAGACGACGACGCGGUUCUGUUUCGUGAAGAAAUAGCACAUUAACCCGAUUCAACAAGUGCCUCGUGUUUGUGAUCGUCGUGAAUCGUGUAAUCUAUUUACUCUGAAAACAAGAUAUUAGGAAGAAUCAACAACGUGCGCUGUCCUUUCCGCUAAUCGUCUGGAAAACCGUGAAAAGCUCGUCCUUUGAAAAGGAAAUAUUUACUCAACCAGAAGAUACCCACCGAGAGAAGUCUCGUGAAAGUGCGUGAGUGAGUGAAAAUUCCGUGCAGUGAAGUGUGUUUCGACGAAAAAGGGGAAGAAAGAUCGUUUAACCGUCAGUUUUUUUUUUCUUGGUGGUACUUCUUCGGUUCUCUUCUGAAGAGUUCAGGACGCAACGAAGACGACGACGACGCAUCGCAAAAGGCGAACACGGCCCAAGAUUUGCCCUCUUCUUCCAAACUCAAGCCCGAAAGUAAGAAAGGCGAAAAAACUUCACGGCGGCAGCGACGGCGGAGAACAAGAAAAAAAAAUCGAACAAAAUGGUAGACAAGCAGCAGCAGUUUUUCCUGCCAUGCUUCGUGGUGUGCGCUAUUUUCUCAGCCGUUAUCACAGCACAAAUGCAGGUUGACACCGAUCCCAAGGAAAUAGUUGUCACCGAAAACCAGCGGAAUGUCAGUUUGCUGUGUCGCGUUGGACGACCGAUUCAGUUCUGCACAUUCACCUUACCAGAAAGCAGUCAACAGGUGGUGUUAAAUCCCACCCAACCCGGAAAGGAUGGGAUGAGUUAUUUCGGGGCCGGUUUCCAGGCAGGGGCCUGCGGAGUCACAAUCGAUCGAAUAACGACGGCCCACAAUGGGCAGCACAAGUGUUCGCUGUUCGAUAGCGACCGGAGCAAUGAGGGAUUCAUCAACGUUGUGGUGGCAGUGGCCCCUGAGCAGCCCCAGAUUCAACUAGAGAAGCCUACUUCCGCUUCGGCUUUCGAGGUCAACUCCGAGAUGGUGGUUCACUGUAUCUCUCGGUAUGGAAACCCAGCUGCCAGUAUGUAUUGGUUCUUAGACGAUGAACCCAUCUACGAGGGAGUCUCCCAGCCGGAAUACCACGAGGAGAACAACCAAGGCUACUCGGUCUACGUAACCCUGCGACGACACAUUCUAGCCAGCGACAGCGGCAAGCGAUUGAUCUGCCGAGCCAAGCACGUUGCCUACCCGGAUGAAAUGUCCGAAACCAGUCUGCAGAUUGUUGUCAACUAUGCUCCCCAAGCACUGCCAGAAACGACCGUCCACGGGUUGACGUUGGGACGCACCGUCGAUGUGACAGUGGCUAUCCAGGCCAACCCAGCACCGCAUGUUCUGUGGGUUGUCGACGGAAUGAGCAUCGAGCAGGGACAGGAACACGAUCGGUAUGCGGCCCGAGUUCCGGAGCGAUUGGAUAACGGUGCGUACAAUGUCACUCUCACCAUCGCUGGUCUCACUCUGGAAGAUCUCUCCAAGAGAUACCAACUGCAGGCGUCAAACCAGGUUGGCGUUCAGGACUACACCAUUCUGCUCAGUUCACUCGAUGCCGAAGUGGACGAAUCGGGCGGUGUCGGCGUUGGUGGAAUCAUCGGAAUCGUUCUGGCAGCACUGAUCGUCCUGGUUGCCAUCGCACUGAUCAUAAUGGCCCGAGCCACCGGCAGAUGGUGUUUCCGAGUCCCCCCGGCCACCGGCGAUCUCAAUCCGGAUUCGGAGGCGCACAUCACGCCCCACUCGCACGAGGACCUGCACGAUGAGAAGCUGCAGCAGCAAAAUCCGGCCGCCCACUACGAAAGCGAAGAUCCCCGAACUCAGCUGGGAGGAGGCGGCGAUGCCGGAAGUGAGCAGAAGAAUGGAAAGCACGAAAACGGCAAGCAGCAAACGACCGGCGGUGGAAAGAAGCAGGAAAAUGGAAAAACCAACGACAGCAAAACCAACACCCCGGUGUAGACGCGAAGCUCGCGGGUGGUGCUGAAUGAACGAAUGACAAUCGGACCUAGUUUCGGGCUUUCAGACAAUGGAGACGCACGAUUUCUUGCAUGUCGGGAAAAAAAAUCGUAUAGAAAAACGAAAGACUCGGGUGGGAAACGAAUAACUCACAAUGAUUUAUAAGCACGAGCUAAAUAGAACUGACGAAACAGGAAAAUGACUACAAAUGAAAUGUGACUUUUUUAUUUAAUGCUAAACAAUGCUUCCGGAGAUAAAUGGAAAGAUAGAAAAAAAAUGAUAGAUGGACAAGCUGAAAGAUAAACAAGUCACCAUUUUUAACGCCACGGACGAUACAAUCGAAUGAAUUGUAUCCAAGGUCGGAUUUACAAAUGUUGGGGCCUGGGGUCACAGUCUUGUUGGAUAUAAUUUGGUUUGAAUUACACAAAUACACAUAUUCUUGCAUUCUCCAUAUAACAAUAUAUAUAAUAACGCAAGAUACAAUACUUUUCUGAAGGUUCAGAAAAUGACCUCUGACCAUCAUUCCGAAUUGUUUUGAAAGUUCAGUUAUAGGUAUUUUAAUCGUAUUUGUGGGUCCUCAUAAAAAGAGACAUGUAUCCUCGGUCACCCUGAAUACGGCCCGGAUUGUAGCGAAACAAAAACCCGGAAUUCCCCAAAACAGACAAAGCAUUUACAAACUGCCCACAAAUUUACGACAUCGACGACUAAUUAACCGACAACGACCGCGACGGCUCAGUUAACGAUAGAAAUGUACUUAAGCGUGGAAGACGAAUGGCAGAGGAAGCAUUUGUUUUAGAUUUUAGCUGGGACUCACUUCGCCCAUUUGACUUCGCCGGAAGUGGAUCCCGCUGACGAUGAUUGUUAUUAAAUUAUCUAGUUAAACGAAAUCUUGUAGAUCUGCACAGCUAAGACGGCGCAAAAGUCGAUCGUAUUUAAAUUCCUUUCAUAAACUAUGUCCUUAAAUCGGAAGAGAAAAACAUUUUUUCUAGAUAUUUAGUGAAACGAAAUGAAUCAUAACAAAACAUUUAAUUAGAAACCCCUCCACUAGGAUUAGGCUAACAAGAAGCAAAAGAAGAAACAAAUCAACUGCACAAAGUGUCCAUAUUCAGGAGAAAGAGGAGUGCGUGCUUGCAAGAGCCGCGAUGUAGCCGUAUUCACGAUUUAGCGUAGUACUACUAAUGUCUUUUUGUUUCGUAGCGUUAGAUGAUAGUCAGAGUUUGGAUAAGAAAAUUUAAUAUUUAUAAGAAGCGUGGAGAAGCAAAUCGCUCGAUUACAGUUAGAGUCGAAGGCGAUUUAUUUUUAAAUUGAAUCACAUUUUCUGGUUUUUAACAAUACUUUUGGAACACGUAGUUCAACAUCAAAAGUUAAAUUUUAAGAAAACAAAAUGCUUAAACAGCGCACCCAAUCGUUUUAGAAUCUCAGCAGAAAUGGUGUAAUCGUCCGAGAAAAUUGAUGUAUUCAGAAUAGGAAACUCAUCAGAUUUUUUUUUAUAGAACAGUAUUGGAUAAUGUUUAACAAAUCGACCGUGUCCACUAUAAGACAUACUUCUCGAUCCAUUCCUUCAUACCGUGUAAACCGAUUAAGUGUGUAUAUACAAAGACAGAGCGAUCGUAAAUAAAAAUAGUGAAUAAUAAAGAAUUUCGAAUGAAA